AUGGCAACACUGCAUAUCGGGAAACAGUGUCAGACCUGCAACCUUGUCGACUUUCUGCCCUUCACUUGCCCGCAUUGCUUAGGGACAUUCUGCAAGGAGCACGUCCAUCAACACGGCUGCGCAGACUCUCCGUCCGUCGAGAGUUCGGUGGCGGAGAGCUCUCGGAAGCGGAUCAAGGGGGUGUGCACUCUCCCUGGCUGCGAUUCUGAAACGAUAGAAAGCUUGGGAGGAUACGAAGACACCACUGUCGAUGGAGUAAAAGACUCAGACGAGGACAUUGCCCGGCAAGUGAGGUGCAAAGGAUGUAAGCAAGCCUUCUGCCUCAUCCACCGAUCCCAGAACGCACACAACUGCGAGGCGCCGAGAGAGGACACUGCGCGACAAGAUGCGACGCAAGCACGUAUAGAGCGGGCGAAGAAAGAGAUGAGCAAGCACUUCCCGAACGCAGCAAACCGCGAGCGCCUGAAGAUGCCUCCGCAGGUAGAUAAGAAGCGGGAGCCUCCAAAGCCUGAACAGAGACCAGUUCCGCCUUCGGUCCAGCAAGCGGACUCCACCGCGGCCCCGGCACCAACAGCUGCUGCUCCGAUGCCUGCUGCCACACCAUCAGCGGAGGACAAGGUGUUUAAGCUGCACUGCAUGAAGACACGAUCUCUGGCCAAGCCGCUGGACCCAAAAGUCAAGCGAGAAGACUCCGUGGCUGUGGAGUGGGUCGUCGCGGCGGCGGAGAGAGUGCGCGCCAGACCGCCAAAGUACGAUCCAAGCAAACGCGCCGCGGAGCUGGGAACGCCCAAGCCCGAGCGCCUCUGGCUUCCAAACGUGUACGAUACCUUGCUCGGCAAGGCGAAGCUGAACAACGGUCAGAACGUAACUCUUGUUCGCGUCCCAGGAGAGCCAGGGCAGCAUCAAGCAGCGAAGCUCGAACUGUCGCAGCCUGUUGGUAAAGCUCUCAAGACCGGCGACGUCCUGGCUCUUGUUCGAGACUGGACAGCGUAG